GAUAUUUAGUUAAACUGAAGUCGAUUCUAGCAAAUAGUCAGAUCCAAGUUGAAAUCUCGCGAGAACAUCAAUAUGGCAGCCUUCGGUGUGCAUUUCGGCACGACUUCUGCUUGUCUAGCUGUGUAUAAGGAUGGUAAAACUGAUGUGGUAGCCAAUGAUUUAGGAGACAGAACAACACCAUGUGUUGUAGCAUACACAGAUUUAGAUCAGACUGUUGGAGCUGCAGCAAAGCAAGGAAGUAUCAGGAAUACUCAAAACACCAUAAGUUUUGUUAAGAGGGUGUUGGGUAGAUCCUGGGAGGAUCCAGUUACACAAGAAUAUAUCUCAAAAUCACCAGUGAAGAUAGAGAAUAGGAAUGGGGGUCUGGUUUACGUUGUCGAUUUCAAGGAGAGAAUGAUCGAUGCAACUCCUGUGGAUGUAGCAACAGCCAUAUACAAACAGAUGAAAGAAACUGCUAAUAGUCAUGGUGAUGGGGACAUUCACGACUCGGUGCUUGCAGUGCCUUCACAGUUUUCUGAAGAACAAAGGAAAGUUUUCGGGGAAUGUGCCUCAAAAGCAGGAUUUAGUGUGCUGCGGACUAUCAAUGAACCUGUAGCUGCUCUAUUGGCCUAUGAUCUAGGUCAGAUGGACAAUACACUCCAAUGUAAUGUUCUGGUUUAUCGUCUGGGUGGUGACUCAACAGACGUCUCCAUUGUUCACCUUCAGGGAGGACUCUACAGAAUCCUGGGCAACACCUGCACACAAGAAGUAGCAGGCAGCAAAUUCACCAAUGUACUAGCAGACUUUCUGGCUCAGGAAUUUUACAAAAAAUAUAAACUGGAUAUCAAAGAGAGUCGGCGAUCGGUGAGCAAAAUGAGAAUGGCCACGGAGGUUUGUAAACACACCCUGUCUACACUAGAGAAUGCUCAGGUCUCCAUAGACUCACUGCAUGAAGGAGUCGACUUCCAUAGCAGUGUAUCCAGGGCCAGAUUUGAAAGUCUUUGUGGAAAUCUCGUCCAGAAAUGUGUAGCCCUCAUUGAUGAUGUUUGUGCCAAAUCUAAUGUCAGCUCAUCAGAUAUAGAAAAGGUGAUUGUGUGUGGAGGUGGUGCAAAGCCUCCUUUUGUACAGAAAGCAAUCUCGGACUAUCUAAGCAAUGCUGAGGUAUUCAACACAAUCCCACCUGACGAAGUGAUAGCCAUUGGAGCAGCAAAACAAGCUGCCAUUUUAACAGGAAAUAACGACAAUGAACUCCUCAUUGGUGAAAAUGAAAUUGAGUGUCUAUCAAAGACUGUUUGUAUAAAGGGUUACGAUGCCAACAAAGACCCAGUAUUAUAUCCUAUUUUCCAAGAAAUGACCCCGUUUCCAGCCCGAAGACAGGAAGUCAUGAAUUUAUCUCCCCAACAAACAUCUAUGGAGAUGGAUAUAUGUGAAUGCACUGAUGUAGAAAACCCAGAUACUGCAAAAUGUUUAGCAAAGAUUGUGAUGAAAGACUUGCCAGAAAAGGCCUGCAUAUCAGUUACAUUUCAUUUACGAAGUGAGGGAUCAUUACAUGUCACGUGUCGGGAGGAAACGUCUCAGAUUGUGGAACAAGUGACAGUAGAUGUGUGUAGUUGAUUUAAGACACAAGUUUCAUAGGAACACAAUUAAUCAAACCAGCAGAGAGAAGGCCCGUGCACUGGUGGUGCUUGUAGUCAGUGCACCGCUGACCGCCUCCUCAGACUGGACUACCACUCAUCAAUGUUUCUCUCCGAGGCCUUCACUUCUUUCCCCGAAAUAUUUACCCACUGGGUAUUAGACUUUUGUACAUUGUCAUGAGUUGACUUACCUGAUGAAAUAAAUUGCAGAUAUUGUUACGGCAAU